AUGGCCCAAUCGUUUCCUUCAGGCGGGAUGAUAGAGUAUAUCGUUUCUCAAGAGUAUGCGCGGAAGGUUCUUACAGAAGAAUCGUCGUUUAGUUUUGAGCGUGGGAUGGAAGAAAUUCUCGGCAUUCAUUGGAUGCGCUACAUCCAUGGAGGUACCUUUUUCCGCGACGUUGACAGUGUCGUGAGAGAGCUUUCAACGAAGAAAUUGCGUUCAAUCGCAAAAGAAACAUGGCCUGUUUUCGAGCUUGGCGUCUCGGAGCUUCUCAAUACGGUACAAGAUGAAAAGCCCGUUGAUAUAUUGCCGCAUGUGAAGAGGAUCAUGGCGCAAGCGACAAUCCGCAUCCUUCUCGGACCCACAUACCAGAAUGAAGAAGACGUGAACCGGAUCCUCGAUAUCAGCGCCGAUGUUGCGGAACUUAUGGGACUCCGUCGUCAUGAGUCACGUAUGGCGCACAAAUAUCCUCGACUAUGGCGCACUUUGACUUUGACUAAGAUUGUACUUAUCCUCCUUCCGCUGGAUAUUGGCCUAGUGUUUGCAAGGAGGCUGUGGGCAGACAUUUCGUCGAGAGAAAAGCAUCGCGACCCUGAGGACGAAACUAUCUUCUCCCAUCUUGUUGACCGAUAUGCGUCUACCAGUGGGAGUGUGUCAUUUCUCUCAAAACUAUGGAUAAUGAUUUUGAUUUUGACCGUUAUAUUCGGUAGCGUCCAUCAGACCGCCGUGAUUAUCGUCUGGGUCACGUACUUCUUAGCAAUACACCCUGACUGUCAGAAGUCGAUCCGCGACGAGGCUGAGUCUCUCGUCAGGGGCGAAAUGUCCGGCUCCGGGUCCGAAUAUAAGGCUCUUCAAGAUGCAACUCUGGCAGAUUCUUUCGUCAGGGAGGUCCUACGAAUGAAGGGGGAUACUGUCAAUGCAGUACGGGUGGCCGUUCGAGAUGUCGAACUGGCCGGCCAUAGGAUCCCGAAAGGUUCCUGUCUAUCCUGGCAUCCGUGGCCGCAAGUUCCAAGGCAGACUAACGUGAGAUAG